AUGUCUAGCCCCACAAUUCCUACCGCGGCUGAGGAUCCUUCGCUUUACGCCAACCGCGAUGGCCAAGUCAUCAGCGCCUCGGUGACCCUGCUUGUUCUCCCAACUGUCUUCGUCGCUUUACGCGUCAUGUCACGAUACAUGUCUGGAGCUGGGUUUUGGUGGGAUGACAUGACUGUGGUACUUGGAAUGAUGCUCUCCUGGGGUCCGAAUAUAAUCAACAUUCUAGCCUCUCAUCAUUCACUGGGACAUCAUACCGCCGUGCUAUCCCAAGCAACCCUGAUGUCUUUCUAUCAACACCUCUAUGCUUUUGAAAUACUAUACUCGCUCGGCAUAGCUUGUGUGAAGUUCUCAGUUAUUCUAUUCCAAUACCGAAUCUUCCCGAUCGUUUCGUUCCGGCGCAUCAUCAGUGCUUGCGGUGCCUUCGUGCUGGCAUUUGAGGUCGCAUCCACCGUCGUUUUCAUCCUCGAAUGUACACCUGUUCACGACUUUUGGGUCGCUUUGGGCGGCUAUCUCGCCCCAGAGCUCGGCGGUCGAUGCAUCAACCUUGUCAAAUUCCUGCUGGUCAAUGGCUCCAUCAAUACAGUUACGGAUUUUGCUCUCUUACUCACGCCCUUACCAGUACUCUGGCGUCUGAGAGCAAGCACGCUGCAGAAAUAUAUCCUGACCGGCAUCUUCAUCUCUGGUCUAGUUGUCACUGCAGUGAGUAUGGUACGGCUAGUCGUGAUAGCUCGAUACCAUGGAGACGAUGUUACUUAUGACUUCGUCCCAACCUGCAUCUGGACAGCCGCCGAGCCCUCAAUAGCCGUAGUAUCCGCCUGUCUCCCCUCGCUGCGCCCGCUCUUCGUCCGCGUUGUCUGGGGCCGCGCUCAGAGGCCUAUCGUCGAGCAAGACGACUACUUCGGCCCUUCCAACCAUAUAACCCCGACAUGGCGCAGCGGCAGCAAAGCACACGACCGAUGUUUCAACAGGCUGCCCGAUAGCGGGAAGGUCACGCUUGGCUCGUGGACCAAUAAUGUCGCUGUAUAUGGAGGCAAGGGAGUGCAAGAGACUGAAGAGGAGAUUUUGGAGCUGGGUAGUCCCCGGGAGGAUGAGAUGGAGACCCCGAUGAAUCGUAUCAGGGCGAAGACAACGGUUGUGCUCACGAUUAGUGAGAGGGUUGAUUGGCAGGAUGAUUUGUUCUGA